AUCGCCAUCUCCAUUCCUUAUCGCCCUCAACUUUUCCAGGACCGAGUCUGAGCUCUCUUCACAGCACCUGCCGGUAUCCAGCUGGCACGAUCUGUACACGUUCCUGCCUCAAGACGACUGAGCUGCUGAAUACCAAAUAUGGCCUUGCCAAAGCGAAUUAUCAAGGAGACGGAGAGAUUAAUGGCGGAGCCUGUUCCGGGCAUCAGCGCCGUUCCUCACGAAGACAACUUACGGUAUUUCGAUGUGAUGAUACAUGGGCCGACCCAGUCUCCUUAUGAAGGCGGUAUCUUCAAGUUGGAGCUAUUCCUCCCAGAUGAUUACCCUAUGACACCUCCGAAGAUCCGAUUCCUGACCAAGAUUUACCACCCCAAUAUUGACAAGCUCGGCCGCAUCUGUCUCGAUGUUCUCAAGAGCAAUUGGUCUCCCGCCCUUCAAAUCCGAACCAUCCUCCUCUCCAUCCAAGCCCUCCUCGGUGCUCCGAACCCAGACGACCCUCUAGCACCCGACGUAGCGAAAAGAUGGAAAGAAGAUGAACCUGCUGCUAUUGCAACAGCCAAAGAGUGGACAAGGACGCACGCGAUGACUUGAUUCCGCUACCCGACAACAACGAUCCAUGAGUGGUGGAGAGACAAUGAUAUGAGUGAUUAUGAGGGAGAACAUGGAGAAAUGAAGCAGGGCG